ACGUGUACCCUCGUCUCGGCGCUAUAAUAGCAUGGCGGGAAUCCUGGCGGAGACUGGCGAAAUAGCGGCAGAUUCGGACGACGCGAGCCGCCGCAGCUGUCCGGGUACGCCAUGGCGGCUCUCCAAGAGUUCUACACGGAGCAGGAAGAGCGGCAGCGGCGGUUUGAAGCCGGUGCGAUCGAGGGCGCUGGAGCAGGAGGCGUGGCCAUCGAGGAAGAUUGGAAACUGAGCCAAUUCUGGUACGAUGACAAAACAGCCGUCACUUUAGCCAAGGAGGCAUUAGACGGAGGCAGCAGAAGAAUUGCCUGCAUUUCCUGCCCGACGUUAUAUGCCAAGCUGCUCCAAUUAAAGCCCGCCGAUUGCGAAAUCUUCCUUCUCGAGUACGACACGAGAUUUGCAGUCUACGGCGAUAGCUUUGUGUUUUACGACUACACAAGUCCUCUGGAAUUGCCGGAAACGAUGGAGGAAAAGUCGUUCGAUGUCGUCGUCGCCGACCCGCCAUACCUGUCUGAAGAAUGCCUUCAAAAGACGGCGCAGACGAUCAAUUUUCUGGCGAAAGAAAAAAAUCAUUUUGUGUACCGGCAAGGUGAUGGAGGGUUUAGCUAACUGAACUACUCUCCCUCAAGAUGUGCUCCUUUCUUCCUCGACACACGAGAAAUUUGGCAAACGAUUUCAGAUGUUUUGUAAACUAUGACUCAAAAUUGCUCAAUCCGUCCUAAUUAUGACGCAAUCUUUUCCAAUUCUCCAUAAGAAAAUUGUUUCAUUUGCGGAAGUCAUUAAUUAUUGUUUAUGAUACCAAAUAUGAUGAUAAUUUAAAAGAUAUUGCAUAC